GCUCGCAGUCGCUUUUUGUAAACACGCGACAAUCAACAUUUAAUUCCAUGACGUAGCGCCACUGUGACAGUUUCGGGUCGGCAAACACCAUGGAUCGCUACAACGAGGUGAAGCACCUGCUGAAAAACUGGGAGCAGGGAUUUUACACACAGCACCUGAGGAAGCCCAACAAAGAAGACAUCGACCAAGCACCGGAGGAGACCAGAAGUCUGUAUAAAGAGUAUAGACAUUUGAAGCAUGCGAAGGAGAACAAUGACACCAGAGAAAGAGUCCCUGAGGAGUCAGUCACUUCAACCCAGCAACCUACUGCAGAGAAAAGCUCAGGAUGCUGGGGUGCCCAUCUAAAUCGCAAUAUGAUGCCAACACCCUCACCCAAACUGACAGCUGAAGACAAGGAGGGUCUUCAGAGCUCUGCACAGUACUAUGGGUUAAAGCUUAAGAGCAACCUUGCUACACUUGGCAAGGAGCGCUCUAUAUCACUGAAGAAGCCAUCAAAUCGUGGUCGACUUCCCCUAAACGCUCUUAAAGAUGGUCCAAGUGCCCAGGCAGAUGACACUUCUCCUUCUGCUGCCAAAAACACGUCACAUAUUUCAGAACCUGGACCCUUUUCACCCAGAAGCACCAAGCCAGGCUCGUUUUCUACACCUUCUCUCCAUCCAGAAGAACCAGAAGAGGAAUUUGAACCGUUUCAAACUAUCAAAGAACCGUCUAAACUUUCUGGAGACACCAGUGCAGCCAAACCUGCUGGGAAUUCUUCUCUAUGUAGAACUCCAAUAAGAAACUGCCCAUCUCUUUUAUCGUCACAUUCUGCUCCCGAAGCAACUUCACCAACAGAUUCUCCUGAAAAAUUCAUUAAAACCAAAGAUGAUGCUAAUGACAAGUAUCUUGGAAUGAAAAUGCGUAAUGGAAUACUGGGCAGCCCACAAAAUGUUGGAGGCUUCAGGGGUGGGCUGGGUUGUAAAGUCACCCCGGCAAGACCCUCGCCUGCCAACAGGUUGAGCGCUGUGGACAGACAGUGGCUGGAAAGAUGUCAGGUUUUUGGAGAAAUGGGAGCUGAGGAUAAACCCGGGGCUGGCAACAAGGAUGUGACUCUGACCAAGAGUGAUGCAGACAGAGGAAAGGACAGAAAGCCAGAGGACACAACAGAAGUAGCGAUAAAUGUUCCUGGAACAUCAGAAAAUCUUAAAGAGAACCAGAAUGAGAACACUAUAGAAAGACAGAGUAGAGGGGAUAUAACAACAAAGUCACUGAAAGACGACUGCGAGGAAAAUCCAAAACCACCUACAAGAAAGAACAAAGGCAGAAAGAGACAGAGAGAAGGCGAGGACACGGACGUCGGCACAGCCGAGGUGGAGGAAGGAGGAAUGAAAAAGCGACGGAGAAAUGUUACAAAGAGUGAAGAAAACAAAGACUCUCAAGAUGGAGGUGACAAAAAGAAGAGGAAAAGUAGAAAGAAAGAAAAUGGGGAUGCUGAGACUGAAGAUGAAAAAGCACCCAAAGAUCAAAAGAAGAUGCCUCAGGAGAACCUCUUGGGUGAAAUAGAGGAGGAGUAUGGAUCCAAGAGAGGUUUUCGUGUGCAGACCUCUCGAGCCAGUAUGAAAGGUGCCGAGGGAAACUAUGUAAAAAUAAAUCUGAAGAAGAAAUCCCACGUUAAAGGAUACGCACUGAGAGGCAGCUUUCUGCGUAAACAGUUGUAUGCACAGAAGUUCCAGCUGAAAGGAGAGCGGUUUGGUGGUGGCGGGGGAUUCUUUGGCCGAGGGAGGAGAGGAGGCUUCAGAGGGGGGCAUAGCCGUCAGAGCGACACCUGCUACAAGUGUGGCGGCACAGGACACUGGGCCAUGGACUGCAAGGGAAGAGUUCCACCGCCGACUGCUUCUGAGGAUAAACCCGUGGAAGAGGAGCAAUUUGAACUGCCCACUUUAGAGGAAGUCGCACGAGCUACUGGAACACUGAAGCCUCAGCCCAUUGGAUCUUCUGUCACUGCCACAGAAGAGCAACAAGAACAAGUGGCCAGUCAGAGUAAAGAUGAGGUUUUGCUGAACGUCAUCCGCCCUGACUAUGAACGACCCCCGGUUCCUCCUCGCAUGGAACCCCUGUAUCCUGCUGACGAUGAUGGAAAAGUCCAGGCUACGCCUGAUGCUGUCUUCGCUGCUUUGAAAGAUCUGGGUUAUCAAUCCUUCCGGCCUGGACAGGAGGAAGCCAUCAUGAGGAUCCUUUCAGGUCUUUCCACUCUGGUCGUGUUGUCCACUGGGAUGGGAAAAUCUCUGUGCUAUCAGCUUCCAGCUUACCUGUACGCUCAGAGAUCCAGAUGCAUCACGUUGGUGAUUUCUCCUCUCGUCUCACUCAUGGACGACCAGUUGUCAGGCCUGCCCGCUAAGAUGAAAGCUGCUUGCAUUCACUCCAACAUGACGAUGAAACAGAGAGAAGCUGCUGUGGAGAAGGUAAAGUCUGGUGAAGUCUACGUUCUGCUGUUGUCUCCUGAAGCUCUGGUUGGUGGAGGAAGUUCUGGUUCUGGCUGCCUUCCGUCUGCACAAGAGCUUCCCCCUGUGGCCUUUGCUUGUAUAGACGAGGCUCAUUGCGUCUCCGAGUGGUCGCACAACUUCCGACCGUGCUACCUGAGACUCUGUAAAGUUCUCCGUGAGCGUUUAGGGGUCCACUGUCUGCUGGGACUCACUGCCACAGCGACAUUGUCCACCGCUCUGGACAUUGCUCAGCACCUGGAGAUCACUGACCAGGAUGGUAUCGCAGUCCGAUCCGCUGCUGUCCCGCCGAACCUCAACUUGUCUGUGUCUAUGGACCGGGAGAAGGAUCAGGCCUUAGUGUCUUUACUGAAAGGCGAUCGUUUUGGUUGCCUGAACUCCAUCAUCGUCUACUGCACUCGGAGAGAGGAGACAACUCGUGUGGCUGCCCUGCUGAGAACAUGCCUGCAGGGGGUGCUGUUGAAAGAGAAUCCUGAAGUCAGUCAGACGCAAAAUAAAGCAGGAGACCGAAAGAAGCUCCUAGCGAGGAAGAAGAUCCGCAAACCUCUCAAAUGGCAGGCGGAGUCUUACCACGCCGGACUCUCUGGGUCAGAACGUCGGCGAGUCCAGAACAACUUCAUGUGUGGGGAGCUGAGAAUCGUGGUGGCCACUGUGGCGUUUGGUAUGGGCCUCGACAAGUCUGAUGUGCGGGGUAUUGUUCACUACAACAUGCCAAAGAGCUUUGAGAGUUAUGUUCAGGAGAUCGGGCGAGCAGGCAGAGAUGGAGAACCGGCUCACUGUCACCUCUUUUUAGACCCUGAAGCCUCUGACCUGCAUGAACUCCGCCGUCACAUUUACUCAGACACCGUCGACUACUUCACUGUAAAGAGGCUGGUCCAGAAAGUUUUCCCCUCAUGUAAAUGCAGACAGAUUCACCAGAGGCAGCAGGAACUGACAAAGGACAUCGAGGACUCAGAAAUGCUGGAGAUGAUGGAUCUGUGUGAGGUGGAGAGGACUUCUGAUGCUUGCUACCUGCAGGACACAGAGGAAAAUUUAAAAGGUGCAGAUCGGCGUACUGGCCAGGAAAACAAUUCAGAAGAAGGGGAGACAGAAGAGGAUGUAAGACCAGCUGAGAUCGACGGGGCAGAGAAACAAGCAGAAGUGCCGGUGAUGACUGGCGGUGACCAGCAGGGGGAGCCAGUGAAGGAGGCAUAUCGCUGGCCAGAGGAACGAGUGUGUCACACUCAUGAAAGAGCAGUUCCUAUCCAGGAGACCAUCGAGGCACUGGACAUCACUGAGGAGGGGAUUGAAACCCUGCUGUGCUACUUGGAGCUUCAUCCACAGCGCUUUGUGGAACUGCUCCACUCCACCCUGUCCGUGUGUAAGGUCAGCUGUUACAACGGGCCAAGACAGCUCCAGAAAAUCACCAAAAUCUGCCCUCCUGUCGCAGUGGUUCUGGCCCGGAGGCGGAUGUCCGGCGAGCGAGUGGAGACCUGCGAUCAGUUGGAGUUCGAUGUUGUGGAGGUGGCCGACACUAUGGGGUGGCAGCUUCCUCUGGUCAAGAGAGGCCUGAGGCAGCUGCAGUGGAGCACUGACCAAACUGGUGGUCGUAGUGGCAUCAUGGUGGAAUUCUCAUCGCCAUCCUUCUACUUUCGUUCCUUCGGAGACUUGAGUGACGAGGAGAUGGACAGAGUUUGUCAGUUUCUUCAUAACCGAGUACAGGAACAAGAGAAGACGCAGCUUUAUCAGCUGACUGCCUGUUUCAAGGCCUUUAAAAGUGUGGCAUUCCGGAGCGUGAUGCCGUGUGUGGACGCCCUGGACGAGGGCCGCAGCGUCCAGCUGAAGAGUCUCUUGGCUGAGUAUUUUGACAAGAGGAGAGACCGAGAACACACGCUGCAGCCUCUGGACGUGGACGAGCUUGACAAGUUCAAGUUCAUCGACUGGGAGAAUCAGAUUCGUGCCGACAUCAGGAGUUUCCUUUCCACCAGAAGUGAUGAGAAGUUUUCUGGACGAGCCAUAGCUCGGAUCUUCCAUGGGAUUGGAAGUCCUUGUUUCCCUGCUCAAGUCUAUGGAAGAGACAGGCGCUUCUGGAGAAAGUACAUCCAAUUUGACUUCAAUCAGCUGAUUCGUCUGGCCACUCAGGAGAUCAUCCGCUUUAAAUAAACAGUCGACUGACUACUUUUAUUUAUUAUGUCGAAAAUAUGUUAUAUUUGUUUUAAAUCCUGUAGUUGUUUUUGCUUGUCUCAUUAAAAUAUAUUUUU